UGCUUCUCUUGCAGCGCCGGGGUCAUAAUGGCGGCGCGCAGCGUGUGAAGGGGUCGAGACGGAAACAGGAGCUCUGUGCGUGGAGAACAUGUACAAAACGCCCUGUAGCAGACUGACAGGUUUGGUUGGUGUCAGCGUGAAGCAGAAACUAGUUCAAAAUGUUCCUCGGUGUAACCAGACGGCUCGCAGCCUCAUUCAGCUGCACAAAAGAGACCCGUCAAACUGGCUGACGUACCAGCACCUCAACUUCCUGAAACGCCAGUAUGUAACGAAGAACAACAGCGAGCUUCACCAACGUGCCAACCCGAAACAGGCUCCAUCCCUGACCAUUGUGGAUGAGAGAGACGACAGCAUCGAGAGACAGGUGCAGAGAAUACCAACUAUUGAUCCUGUGGUCACGGAUACUGUUUCACAGUCAGAGAAUAUCGCCAGUACAGCACAGCCUGGAAUAUCAACCUCGGAGCCCAGUGCAGACGAUGAAGCAGUACAGAAAGAUUCUUCGUCGAGUGACGGUGUGAGUUCAGAUGAGCAUCCUCAUGUCCAUGUGGAGACGGACGAGGCGAGGGAGGCACGUCUAGACCGACAGUGGAAGCAGCUGAAGGUCGAUGUGGCUGACCUGCCAGAUAUCUAUGCCAAGCUUGCUAAAAUCAAACUCACAGCACUGGUUGUUACGAGUGCAGCGGCCGGCUUUGCAAUGGCUCCGGUGCCCUUUGACCCCCUCCUUUUCUUCGUCGCUUCCCUCGGAACAGGCCUCGCCUCUUGCACUGCCAAUUCAAUCAACCAGUACUUCGAGGUGCCCUUCGACUCCAACAUGAACCGUACAAAGAACCGCCCGCUCGUCAGAGGACAAAUCAGCCCCCUCCAUGCCGUGUCCUUCGCUCUGGCUUGUGGGAUUCCCGGAGUGGCUCUCCUCACGCUGGUGGUAAACCCAUUGACGGGCUUCCUUGGCGCCCUCAACAUCUUCCUGUACACCUGCUGCUACACUCCGCUCAAGAGGCACAGCAUCGCCAACACCUGGGUGGGAGCGGUGGUGGGUGCGAUACCUCCUGUCAUGGGCUGGACGGCGGCCACCGGUUGUCUGGGGCCAGGUGCUUUGUUAAUGGGUGGCUUCCUGUACAGCUGGCAGUUCCCCCACUUCAACGCCCUCAGCUGGAACUUGAGGGAGGACUACUCCCGCGGCGGCUACCGCAUGAUGUCCGUCACCCACCCCGGCAUGUGUAAGCGCGUGGCCCUGCGCCACAGCGUGGGCCUCAUCGGCCUGUCCACCUUGGCGCCCGUGCUGGACGUCACCACCUGGACGUUCCCCGUCAUCUCCCUGCCCAUCAACCUGUACAUCAGCUUCUUGGCCUUCCGCUUCUACCGGAAGGGCGACCGCAGCAGCGCCCGCAAGCUGUUCUUCUGCAGCCUGUGGCACCUCCCCAUGCUGCUGCUGCUGGCGCUCCUGUGCAAGAAGCCUCGGACGGAGCAGGAGGAAGCAGCUCCACCUGCAGCCUCUUUAGCCCUCGCACUGCAGAGCUAACUAGUUUCAAAGAUGCCUAAAGACUUCCUAAGACCUGAGAGCUUUACUUCAACCCUCAGAGUCUCCCUUAACCACUCGUUGUGCUCGGACGGUUCCGGAUGACGGACACUUUAUUUUAUCUGUUUAAUUGAAGCCGCUGGUGCUCGUUGCGGAUCAGGAAAUGAGCUGGAUGUGAUUUGGAUCAAAAUAUCUGAUUUACAGAAACCACACUGAAUUUAUUACAUCAUGCUGUAAUCAUUUCGAUGUGUGUGUGCGCUGUAUAUAUUCUGUAUUUAUUUAUAUGGGGGCCCGCCAGCUCCUCUCCAUGUUGUACAUGACUGAUGUUGUAUAUCUUAUACAGUGUGCUCUAUGCAUCCACACAGGGAUCACCGUCUGCAGAUCGAUGCAUUGUACAAAUGCAAAAUAGAAGAAGAGGCUAUAUAAAGGACGUGAAGACAUCCAGUAAUCACAAGACAUGUUUGAUUUCAGUCUGUGUAUAAAAAUAGGACAAAUAUAAACUCUUUGAAGCGGCUCUGUUCAUUUCUCUUUAACCUGAUGCCUGUGACUUGACUGUAAGUUUAGCUUCACUGUAUUUUGCUACUCUGCAAAUGCACUGAUGGGUCAUCAUUCAUUUUCAUAACGGUUUCCUUCAACACGGUUCACCUCCACCAAAACAAAGGGAAAGGCUAACCCCUCUGUGACACACGAGGGCGAAUGUUCUCUAACAAUAAAAGC